AGACAACCAUCGCCUACAGAGCUCCAAUUAUUCCGUCGAAGAUGCUAGCCCUUUUCCGUUUCUUAUUUAUUCUCCCUAUAGCAGGUUUCAUCAUCGACUUCAUUAUUUUUCUUCUAGUGCAUCAACUGCGAAUUUUCCCUCUCUUCAUGGAGCUACGAUUCUUCGGUCGAUCAAAUCCCAAACCUAGAGAGGAACAUCCCAAACCUAGAGAGGAACUGGCUGCGAUCUAUUGGACCUGCGAUUAUCGUCGUGGAAGAAGUCUCCACCAAGCAGGUAUACAAGCUGUUUGGUUGUCAGAUGGGAUCCACAGCGUACAUGUGAUGGUGUUAAAUGAUACAGAUAGUUCGUUAGUGAAAUAUAAAACUAGGAGAUUGAUGAAAUGCAAACCUCAGGUUAAAAAUCAGACCGGGAAGAACAGGUCUAGACCCGUAGAGUUCAAGUUCUCUCUCUGGGUGGUAAUAUUUCGUUGUUCAGAUUCUGACAAAACUUGUUCUAAUCUGAUCCGGCCUAGUUUUGGACUGGUGCAUAACUCUCUUGUUGGUGAUUGUGA